UUUGAGAUGUCGUGAUUUGAGUGAAAGAUCCUGCUAUAUGAAAUCGUUGACUUCGACCCAAUUAUUUUUCACACACACAACAUGCUUUCCACCAGCGAAAUCAAAGUUGAAAGUAGUGGUUUCUCACACAUUCAAAAAUCACCUUUAUAUUUUGAUUUUAUCAUCUUGCCAGAAUGUAACAUAUGAACACAGAACAAUUUGGAAACCAUGUUUUUCAUCUUAUAAUCCAGAUGAUUAGAAUCAUGAAAUGUGUCUUUAGUCGAAAACAACCUCGUAUUCACUUCCAUACACACCUCAGGAAAGAAAGACCCAAUCAAACCCUUAAAAAUUAUCUCAAAUCCAAUCCCACAAAAACUCUGUUGCUUUUCAAAGAAUUAUUGACAACAAAGCCAUUUGUAAUUGAUAGCUACUCUCUUUUAUAUGCCAACAAAGCAUGCAUUCAAAAAUCCUUGGUUAGAGAAGGAAUGCAAUUUCAUAACCUUGUUAGUAAACUUGGCUAUCAAUCUAUAAUUGUCCUUCAAACAUCGUUAAUUGGUGUUUAUUCCUCAGUGGGAAAUCUUGAUGAUGCACACCAUGUGUUUGAGGAAAUUCCUAGUAAGAAUGUCGUUUGCUGGACAGCAUUGAUCGCUGCCUGUGUUAAUAAUCAGGACUCAAAAAAUGCUUUACAGAUGUUCAGAAAAAUGCAAAGGGACAAUGUGGAGCCUGAUCAAGUUACUCUCACAGUGGCAUUAUCCGCUUGCGUUAAUCUUGGUGCAUUGGAAAUGGGUGAGUGGAUUCAUGCUUAUAUUCGACGGAAAAGAGAGUUGAAGGCAGAUUUAAGCCUGAACAAUGCACUCAUAAACAUGUAUACAAAAUGUGGGGAUAUCAGAACUGCUAAGCAAAUGUUUGAAAGCAUGAAAAUUAAGGAUGUCACAACUUGGACAUCAAUGAUUGUGGGGCAUGCAAUACAUGGCCAAGCACAUGAAGCACUGCAAACUUUUGCUGCCAUGGAAGAAGAAAACAAAAAGCCGAUAGCCAAGAAACACGGUUAUUUAAUCGUUCCUAAACCUAACGAUGUUACUUUCAUUGGUGUCUUGAUGGCUUGUAGCCACACAGGGUUGGUUGAAGAAGGGAAGAGAUACAUUAAAAGUAUGGUAGAGGAUUAUGGCCUAAAACCUCGGAACUCUCAUUUUGGCUGCAUGGUGGACAUUUUUUGUCGAUGUGGGCUAUUAAGUGAAGCAUACGAGUUCAUUUUGGCAAUGCCCAUAAAGCCAAACGCAGUAAUAUGGAGGACACUGCUCGGGGCGUGUGCCAUUCAUGGCUAUGUAGAACUUGCAUCAGUCACUUAUUAUAAGCUUCUUGAAUUGGAAGAGAGCCUUGUUGGGGAUGAUAUUGUGAUGUCUAAUAUCUAUAGUGCAAAAGGGAUGUGGGAUAAGAAAUUGAUAGUUAGAAAAGGGAUAAAACAGAGGAGGGCUCCUGGCUGCAGCUCAAUUGAGUUGGGGGAUUGUAUUCAUGAGUUUGUUAGUGCAGAUGAUGAUCAUUCUAUGGCAAAUGAAUUCUACAUUGUUCUUCAUCAUUUGGUGGAAAAUAUGAGAACAUAUAGCCAUGAUCUUGAGUUGUCUAGCUUGUUCUAGAAUUGUACAAUGUUCUGAUUAGAAAUUCUUUUAAUCACGCAUUCAAUGUGAACAAUUUUAGAGA